GCCCCGCCACACCGAUCCCCCCAUGGGUCUUCGGAACCGGCCCCGGUACCGGCCCUGUCACCGAGCCCCGGUGCCGACCGCCGGCGCGGCCCCUCCGCCCCCCGAGAAGCGUUUUUGUUGUCCCGUUUCCCAGGCGCCUUUCCCAUCGCCCCCCGCGCCAUGGCGGCGGCCGCCCGCGUCCCGGCCCAAGAUGGCGGCCGCGUGAGGGAGGGGGUGGUGUGUGAGCUGCUGUUUCUAAGGUGUUUAAGGGCCGCGGGUGCUUCCAAGAGCGAGGAGCGGCAGCGCUGAGGGGCAGCGCUUAAAAAACAACCAGAUCGUUCCUCUGCCGUCAUUCUCAUCGCAGCGGCCCGUCCGUGAGGCUGCGGCCCCGCCCCGGGAGGUGCGCGGGGUGGCUGAGGGGGUGGCGGGACCAUGGCGGAGGAAGGCGAGCGCUGCGACCCCGACCGCGACACGGCUCCUGUGGCGGAGGCUGGAGAUGGGGCUGAGCCGGACAGCCAGGCCGGGGAAGACCCCGCGGAGAGCCCCGACGUGUACAGAUACAUUAAGGGAGACUUGUUCACCUCCGAGAUUUACAAAGUAGAGAUACAGAACCUGCCCAAGUACAUUGGGUUUAACGAUGUGAAAAAGUUCCUUGCCAAGUACGGGCUGAACCCUCACAAGAUAAAGCUCUUCGGGAAGCAGACGUUCGCCUUCGUGACGUUCAAGAGCGAGGAGGAGCGGGACAAGGCCCUGCGGGUGCUGCACGGCGCGCUCUGGAAGAGCCGCCACCUCAGCGUGCGCCUGGCCAAGCCCAAGGCUGACCCCAUCGCCAAGAAGAGGAAGCGAGAGGAGGAUUCGGAGCAGGGGGAGGCGAAGCGUCCGGCUCCCUGCGGAGAGGAGCCUCUGAGCAAGCGGAUCGCGGACGUGGUGACCCCGCUGUGGAACGUGCCCUACGAGGCGCAGCUGGCCCAGAAGAAGCAGGAGUGCGAGCAAGUGCUGCAGAAGCUGACAAAGGAAAUAGGAAAUAACAACAGAGCUUUAUUACCCUGGUUGUUCCUGCAGAAGCAGAAGUUUAAUAAAUUAUGUUGCCCAGUGGAGGGAGUGAAAGCAUCACCCUUGCAGACUGAAUAUCGCAACAAAUGUGAGUUCUUGAUUGGGAUUGGUGUAAAUCAAGAAGACAAAACUGUGGGGUGUCGUCUUGGCAAAUAUAAGGGUGGUACAUGUGCUGUAGUGGAGCCAUUUGAUACUGUUCACAUUCCUGCUAUUGCCAAAAAAGUAGUAAAAGCUUUCCAAGACUACAUAAGGUCCACUCCUUACUCGGUGUACAGCCCCGAAACCUACGAGGGGCACUGGAAGCAGCUCACGGUGCGCACCAGCCGCCGCGGCCACAUCAUGGCAAUCGCGUACUUCAACCCUCAGAAAUUGAGUAAAGAAGAGCUAGCUGACCUGAAAAUCUCUUUGGCAAAAUACUUCACAGAAGGGAUGGGAAAGAGCAGUGGUGUUACUUCGCUGUAUUUUGUGGAGGAAGGACAGAGGAAAUCUCCCAAUCUAGAAGACUUGCCUUUGGAGCACGUGGCUGGUGAUAAGUACAUAUAUGAAGAACUCCUUGGCCUAAAAUUUAGAAUUUCUCCUCAUGCAUUUUUUCAAGUGAACACACAAGCUGCAGAAGUGCUGUACACGGCCAUUGGGGAGUGGGCACAACUGAGCCAAGAGAGCACCGUGCUGGACAUCUGCUGUGGGACAGGAACCAUUGGGAUUUCUUUAGCAAAGAGAGUGAAGAAGGUCAUUGGAAUUGAGCUCUGUCAGGAAGCUGUGCAGGACGCCAAAGCAAAUGCCCAAAUUAAUGAACUGAAUAAUGUUGAAUUUUAUUGUGGGAAGGCAGAAGAUAUUGUUCCUUCCCUGAUGAAUGUUUUAGCUCCUCAGAACCUGAUCACCAUUGUAGAUCCACCACGAGCAGGGCUGCAUUCCAAAGUAAUUCUUGCCCUGAGAAGAGCUGAACAUCUGAAGAAGCUCAUCUAUGUCUCCUGCAAUCCCAGAGCUGCAAUGAAUAACUUUGUGGACCUGUGCCGGGCCCCUUCCAACAGGGUGAAAGGAGCCUCCUUCCGGCCCGUGAGAGCCAUGGCUGUGGAUCUGUUCCCUCAGACCAGGCACUGUGAGUUACUGAUCUUCUUUGAGAGGGUGGAAUACGCCAACGGCAGCUCUGCAGCAGCAGCAGCUGCUGCCAGCGAGAGCCCAGCAGCAGCCUGUGGCACCCAGGGCAUGGAUGGCACCAGCCCAGCAGCCAGCGAGGGGAGCCAGGCAGCUGCUGCCUUGGGGACUGCAGCCCAAGAGAGGGCUCAGCCCAGCUCCUGAGAGACUUUGCAGAAACUACUUUUGCUUUUUAACUGCAUCGGUAACACCCCUCCUGUAACAUCCAGGUAAUAAAUCUCUGUACAACAGA